UACAAGAAUGACUCUCUUUACCCAAAGUGAAUUUCUUUUUUUGAUAGUCGAGAGAAGGAUAAUACGAAUUUACUUUUUAAACAUUCGAUAUGUGUUCAAAUUAGGAGUCGUAAACCUGCACAAGUUUCCACCCGAACUAGAAGUGAAUCUCAUCGACACGUGCUAAAUAAAAGGCAAGUAUUUCCAAUCACGCAAUCUAGAUAGGAACUCUGAGUAUCAGGAAAAAAACAGUUUUCAUCAUCUCCAAAACAUGCCUCUGCUACUAAGAAUCUCUGUUACUCUGUUUCUUCUCCUGCCUUUUCUCCUCCUACUUAUUCUCUUGGCCUUAGUUUUUCUUCCAUUGAUUUUCCUUCUAGUCUUGCCAUUAUUGUUUGCCCUUUUAUGGGUUUAUUUUCUAUUCAAGAUUCUGUGCAUAUUCACCACUAGAUUUCAAGAAAUGAAGUUGAUGCACAGGAAGAAGAAGAAGAACAAUAAGUCUUGUAAAGCCAGGAGGGACAAGGAGGAGAUUGCAGAUUUGGGUCCAUGGGUUCUUGAAAAAGAAAACAAAAGGAGUGUGGAAGAUGAUGUGAAGGAAAUUGAUGAGGGUUCAUGGCAAAUUGUGGCUCCAAAAUCUGCCAAAAGUAAUGAAACUAAAACGUUCAAGGAAAUAUUGUAUUUCUGGAGAAGUAAAGAGAGAGGGAGUACUUCAACUGGUUGAAAUAUGCCGAGAGAGGCAACGGAUAGGGGGAAAACGGUUGGUUUUUUCCAAUUUUUUGACAUGAAUUUAACGUCGGUUACUGUAGGUUAUUUCAGUUAUCGGUUGGUUCAUUGACUGACCGAUCGGUUAUAUCAGUAGUUUUUGUAUAGCCCAUUUGGAUAAAUAGUUCGAGAUCACAAUCCUACUCUGGAACAAAUACAAAAAUGGCAAAUUAAAAUAUUUAUACAGCAAAUUUGACUACAUAGUUGAUAGUACUGAAGCAAGUAGUCAAUGACCAAUCGAAACUUUAUUAGAGAAAUGCUUUGAAGCAGCAGCUAUGGCUUCCUCUGGCCUAAGAUUGGGUGCCAGUAGUACACUAUUACUCUUCCUCCUACUUGAUUUGCUUCCACCAUCACCAGAGGCAAAGAAGAAGGAAGCUAAUGAUUUCAAGAUUGAAGAAGGCUUCACCACUUUCUUACCCUUACCCAUCUUAAAUUAACACUGUUUGGAAUCAACAAUCACUCGUCUCAAGAAAUAUUGUAUUUCUUGUGUUCUGCAUCUCUUUUGGUUGAAUUGGGUCUUAUAUAUAGGCUUUGAUUCCUUGAUGACCAAGCCAAUUCUGGUUUGACUGCUUUACAUUUGUAGAAGAAAAGGAAGGAUCCAAGCAUCUGUCUUCAAUAGUUCUAUCAAUGGUGUCUGUUAUUUGGCAGCUUCCACUAAGUUACAGUAGUAAAAAUGCUGUUGUCAUUUAGU